AUAUGUUGGAUCUGCCUUCAUUUUUGUAUACAAGAUAUGACAUUAUAUUGCUUAUCUAUGAAGCUCUUGAAUGAAUCUGAAGAUCAUGGCUAUUCAAUUUUCUUUUUUUGAUGGUUCUUUUUGUUUUCUGUUAACAGUAGAAUUUAAUACGUGAUUGUUUUGUUGGUUUUAGUUCUGAAUAUCAAAGAGGAAAUUCUGUUUGUUCUCCAUGUUUGAUUCAAUGCUAGCGAGAUUAAUAAAUACUAUGGAAUAUUAUGUAUAUCUAUCUGAGAAUCUUAAGAACUAAGUUCCAUCAAUUAACGCGGUCUGUUCAUUUCAAAUUAGCAUAUGAACUUUCCAUUCACAUUUCACCAUCCGAACACAAUGUAGAUAAGUGUUUGGAAUAGGGUUCAAGGCCCCCACACUCAUAAAUUGCAAAAUUAUCAAUAUCCUUUUCAUGUAUAAACUAGAGCCAACUAAAACUAUAUCUUCAAUAACACAUCUUCAACAUCAACAUCAUCAAAUUUCAUCAGCAGGGAAGGAGAGAUGAUACCUAUGCUAUACGUGUUCGCAAAAAGGCUUAUUUUCUUAAUUGGAGGGAGUCUAGGGACUUGUACGAUCAUUGAGCUCAUUCUUCAUUAGAUAUGAGCUUCAGGAGUCGUAAUCCUCUAUUGCUGUGGCAAUUUAUCUCCUGUAAGAUUAAAGUUACUUAUAUUGCAUGUGACAAGUUCUAACUGCCUUGAGUAUAGAAGAAAGGAGGAUGGAACUUACCCAGGCUCUUGCCCCUGAGAAGAAACCGAAACAUUUCCCUUUAAUGCCCUUCAGAAUCAUCAGGGGUGUGAUAUGUUUAGCGACUCUUCUUUCAACUGCAUUCAUUUGCUUAAUUUAUUUCUCACCAGUAGCAGCUCUACUCUUGCGCUUCUUCAGCACGCACUAUAGUAGGAAAGUAGUAGCAUUCCUCUUUGGUCUUUGGCUUGGAUUGUGGCCAUUCUUAUUCGAAAAGAUUAACGAAACCAAAGUGGUAUUUUCUGGACAACAUGUUCCACCAGGAGAACGUGUUCUGCUGAUAGCCAACCACAGAACAGAAGUUGAUUGGAUGUACUUGUGGGAUCUUGCAUUGCGAAAGGGAUGCUUGGGCCACAUCAAAUACCUACUUAAGAAAAGUUUGAUGAGAUUGCCUGUCUUUGGAUGGGGAUUUCAUGUGCUGGAGUUCAUCCCACUGGAAAGAAAAUUGGAAGUUGAUGAACCAGUUAUUAGACGGAUGGUUUCGACUUUUACCAAUCCUCAGGAUCCACUUUGGCUGACCCUUUUCCCUGAAGGAACUGAUUUCACUGAGCAAAAGUGCAAAAGUAGCCAAGAGUUUGCUACCAAGAAUGGAUUACCUGUCCUAAAGAAUGUACUGCUUCCUAAGACAAAAGGUUUUUAUGCCUGCUUGGAAAUAUUAAGGAGCUCAUUGGAUGCAGUUUAUGAUGUGACAAUCGCGUACAACAAUAAUCAGUGUCCUACUUUACUGGACAAUGUUUUCGGUGUGGAUCCAUCUGAAGUACACAUUCAUGUAAGACGUAUUCCCAUUGAGGAGAUUCCAGCAUCUGAAAGGGAGGCGUCUGCCUGGUUGAUGGACACAUUUCAGUUGAAGGAUCAGUUACUCUCUAAUUUUAUCGCAAAUGGCCAUUUCCCUAAUGAAGGAACGGAAAAAGAACUCUCUACAGCAAAAUGCUUGGUCAAUUUUACACUAGUAACUGCUGUCACCGGAAUAUUUGCAUUCUUUACAUUUUAUUCAUUCAUCUGGUUCAAAAUAUAUGUAGGUUUAUCUUGUGUAUACCUUUCUUAUGCUACUUACUUCAAUUUCAGACCACAACCAAUUCUUGGUUGUACUAUUGAAAUGCCUUGGUGCAGAAAAAAAUUCAUAGAAUGAAAAAUCAGCAGAAAGGUGAUGAUGAUUUUGAAUUGCUCUUAUUGUAUUUUUUAAAUUGUUAACAAUGUUGUUUCUUCUAGAGUUCUAGUUAAGUAUUACCCAUA